ACAAGAAACAAACAGGAAGUGAGGCCCUCAUGACAAGAAUCGUUGCCCAAAACAACCAACGAGCAGACCGUUGUUUCUUCAACACUUGUCUAAUUCUGUAGUUCAUCAUUUUUCUCUCUGUUAGCAUCCAUGGGUAAAAGCAGUUCAAAAAGUGGCGAACCAAAAAUUGAAAGACAAGUCGUUUUUAAGUCCGAGGACGGAAAAGUGUUCAGGAAUCCUGCCAUCUACUACAACGAGAACGACAAAAAGUUGUUUGCCUUUGCAGAGAAACGGACAUCCCAGGAUGAUUCUGACGCAGUGGCUCUGGUCAUGAGAAAAGGGAAAGUGAACUUUAAGUCGGAAGUGAAGUGGUCAAAGCCUAUAGAAGUAAUGAAGAAGUGCUCCUGUGGAUAUCGUCCAAUGAACCCAUGUGUUGUGUAUGAAAAACACACAGAGACACUGUUCCUAUUCUUCAUCUAUGUCAAUGAGACAGAGCAGUUUCAGCUAACACAUCACCUUAACUUGGCCCGUCUGUGCUACAUCACAAAGAAGAAGAAUGAAGACAAGUGGAGUGAAUUUACUGAUCUGACUGACCAGUUGCCUGAGAUGAAUAACUGGUCUACGUUUGCUAUUGGACCGGGCCACGGCAUUCAAACUAAGAGUGGCAGAAUGAUUGUUCCAGCUUACGCUUACGUUGGUCCAGAAGAUGAAAAACCAAGUCCACAUGCAUUCUGCUUUUAUAGUGAUGAUUGUGGUAACACAUGGGAAUGUGAGGAAAUGCUGCCUGAAACAUCGAUGGAAUGUGAGAUGACUGAAAUUUUUAAUACCAACAAAGGAGACCGCUUGAUCUACUGCAGUGCUCGCAGUUUGGGAGGCCAACGAGUUCAGGCUACGAUAGAUAAGACUGGUUUCCAUACACUCACAACUAUUUCACCCCUUAAGGAACUACAGAAAGGUUGCCAGGGGAGUGUGAUUUCCUUCCCAGCUCAGUCUGGAGAUGCAAAAACCAGUCAGGAAAAGUGGCUACUAUUUUCACACCCAACAACGCAGAUGUCAGAUUGGGAAAGGCUUCAUUUGGGAGUGUAUCUGAGCACAUCCACAGCGAGAUCAGAAGGAGACUUUAAUUUAACAUGGAGCCAACCCUGGGUCAUUAACAAGGGGCCCAGUGGUUACUCUGACCUGACCUACAUUGAAGAUGGCUGGUUUGCAUGUCUGAUGGAGUGUGGAGAGAAAUCUGCUACAGAUGAGAUAGCAUGUCAGUUGUUCAGCUAUGACGAGGCCCUGAAGGGCAUUCCAGGCUUCCAGACUUGAAAAAACUGUAGCAUCAUUUUUCAAUCGAAGAAUAUUUUGUGUGGUGUAAUUAGUACAAUGUAGACCUCAUGUUGAGUCCUUGAGCAGCUAUCAAACAUUCUGUUAAUAAAUCGGUAUUAAAUUCUA